AGAUAUUCUCUCCCUUAAAUUAAUUAAUUUCUUUAUUUUACAUAUCCCCAAAAUUCAACCUCUAUAAAUAUCACCCCUCUCCUCUCCCCCUCCACCAAAGUACCAAAUACAACACCAACCAACUCAUCAUAUAUUCUCAUUACAUUCUUCUUCUUGUUGUUCUUCUUCUUCUAUAAUCCAUCACAUUACCACAUUCAACUUUCCCUUGCUUUGUUAUUUUUGCUUCCACACAAACAAAACCUUAGCUUGUGACAUUGUGAUAAUGCACUACCAAACGGCCUCGUGGGGGAACUAUGUGGCAGCAAGCAGGAACAACGGAAUGGUGGGUGUGGGAGUGGACCCGCUGGAGCGGAUAGAGAGGCUGGCGUCGGAGAACGCGGUGGUGAUAUUCAGCAUAAGCAGCUGCUGCAUGUGCCACGCCAUCAAGCGCCUCUUCUGCGGCAUGGGAGUUAAUCCCGCCGUCCAUGAGCUUGACGAGGACCCUCUCGGGAAAGAUCUCGAGAGGGCUCUCAUCAGGCUCCUGGGUACCUCGUCCGUCGUCCCUGUCGUCUUUAUCGGUGGAAAGCUUAUUGGUACCAUGGACAGGGUCAUGGCCUGCCAUAUCAAUGGCACUUUGGUCCCUCUUCUCAAAGAAGCUGGUGCCCUUUGGCUUUGAAAUUUCAUUUUUCAUUUUUAAAUUAAUACCCACCUUUUAAUUUGGGAUUUCAGAUCAAUGAGUCAUCUUCUUCACUACUACUACUAUUACUUCUAGAAGCUACUAUUACUACUAAUGCAUAUAGCAAAAGGCAACGGUUUGAGGAAGAGAAGUGGUCUUUUGUGAGUCUCUUCCCCAUUCCAUUUUGGAAGGCACUUAUUAUUAUUACUACUGACUUUGUUAAUUCUUCAGCAGCAAUUUUUUUCUCUUUUUGUUUUAUUUUUGUUCUUUUUGUCGUUUUGGUCUUGCUUGUUAAGUUAUAUUUUGGUUUGUCAUGGUUU